ACUCGCGUUGCACCGGGGCAGAGUGCGGGCCGCGACGGGGCGGGCGGACUCUCGGGCGCUCAGAGCGGGUCGCAGGUCCUUGCGCCUGGAGCUCGACUCUCCAUCCCGAACUCCACCCGGCCCGGACCCCGACCCGACCCGACCCGGCCCGACCCGACCCGGCCCGGCCCGGCCCCCGCCCCCGCCCCCUCGGGCCGAUGGACUACUCCUACCUCAAUUCCUACGAUUCGUGCGUGGCGGCCAUGGAGGCGUCCGCCUACGGCGACUUCGGCGCCUGCAGCCAGCCUGGGGGCUUCCAAUACAGUCCUCUGCGGCCGGCCUUCCCCGCCGCGGGGCCACCUUGCCCGGCGCUCGGCUCCUCCAACUGUGCGCUCGGCGCUCUACGCGACCACCAGCCCGCGCCCUACUCGGCAGUGCCCUACAAGUUCUUCCCGGAGCCGUCCGGCCUGCACGAGAAGCGCAAGCAGCGGCGCAUCCGCACGACGUUCACGAGCGCGCAGCUCAAGGAGCUGGAGCGCGUCUUCGCCGAGACCCACUACCCCGACAUCUACACCCGCGAGGAGCUGGCGCUCAAGAUCGACCUCACCGAGGCUCGCGUGCAGGUCUGGUUCCAGAACCGCCGGGCCAAGUUCCGCAAGCAGGAGCGCGCGGCCAGCGCCAAGGGGGCGGCGGGGGCGGCGGGCGCCAAGAAGGGCGAGGCGCGCUGCUCGUCGGAGGACGACGACUCCAAGGAGUCCACGUGCAGCCCCACGCCCGACAGCACCGCGUCGCUGCCGCCGCCCGCGCCCAGCCUGGCCAGCCCGCGCCUGAGCCCCAGCCCCCUGCCCGGCGCGCUGGGCCCCGCGCCCGCGCCGCAGCCCCUCAAGGGCGCCCUGUGGCCGGGGGUGGCGGGCGGCGGCGGCGGCGGGCCCGGCGCGGGCGCGGCCGAGCUGCUCAAGGCCUGGCAGCCGGCGGAGCCCGGGCCCGGGCCCUUCUCGGGGGUCCUGUCCUCCUUCCACCGGAAGCCCGGGCCCGCCCUGAAGACGAACCUCUUCUAGCCGCCGGCGUCCAGAGGCGACCAGCCUGCCCGGGAGGACCCCACCGGACGGCAGGCUCUCCCCGUCCCGGCCGGCUGCCCGGAAGCUCCCCGCCGACCCCACUGCCCAGUGUCUGACCCCCAGGUGCGGCGUCCCCUCGUCCUCCCCUCCCGGGACCCCCUCCAGGGCCGCCGGAAGCCCUUUUGGCUGGGCUUUCUUAAGAAUAGGGAUCGAAUUACACCUGUCUCUAAUUCGGGGACCAACCAUAGAGGGGUCCCCAGAAGCCGACCGGACAGCUCCUGCGACUUUUCAGCUAGCCAGGCCACUGCCGAUCGGCAACCUGAAGAGGCCCACUGCCAAUUCACCCCCGAACGACUCACCUCCCGCCCCAGCCAGCCGGCGCAGAGGGUAGACACGGGAGGGGAAGGGCUGUCGGAGAACGGAACAAUGCGGUUUUCCUCUUCCCUUAU